AUGUUUUCAUAUGACAGCGCAAGCACAGGAGGCGGGCUCGGCCCAACGCAAAUCCGUCUUCUGCAUCUACUUCCGGCAAAAGAUAACGACAAUCCGAUUGAAUGCCUACUCGAAGUUGUCGCAUUCGAAGAAAACCCGGUGUAUGAGGCUCUUUCUUACUGCUGGGGCGACAGUACUCAGCUCCAGGAGAUAAAAUGCAACGGUGAGGCAUUUAAAGUCACCGAAAGUCUGUUCUGUGCACUGCAGCACUUGAGGGACGAGAGUAUGGAGCGGACACUAUGGAUCGACGCCAUUUGUAUCAACCAGAAUGAUCUGGAGGAGCGGCAAUCUCAGGUCAAACUAAUGACAGACAUAUAUACCAAAUCAGACAGGGUAGUUAUCUGGCUAGGUCCCGACCCCGCCUCCGAUGGAGUCAACCACUUGUUCGAAAUGGUGCCAACGAUUCCAAAUCUUCCCGGCCCUCGGUUGAGCAAGAGAGAGAGAACGUUUUUCGAGAUGAACGUAUUUGAUGCUGAUCGCUGGCAUCAAGAUGAGGACAAGGAUGCCUCAAAAGUUCCGGAUCAUAUUAAGAAGGAUUUCGCUAUACCCAAAGAGGUCGCAAAGGGCGCAAUCGCUGUAUUGACAAGAGCAUGGUGGUCAAGGAUUUGGACCGUCCAGGAGAUGGUUCUAGCUCCCAGUGCAAUCAUCAUGUGCGGCCACGUAGCUGCUCCAGCAUCAGAUGUCCGACGGGCGUGCGCUGAUGUUCUUAUGCACGCAGUCAGCGACGCCUUUGACACUGGCGAUGACGAUGAUCUUCUGAAUUUUGGAGACCUGUUUGACGACCCCAAUGGCACAAUAUACAUGGCCACGAUGCGGCUGCAUAGCAGUGUCAGUGCGAAAAUGGAGCUUGGAAAGCUGCUCCGGUUUCUUAGAUGGUUGAGAGCCAAAGAUCCAAGGGACAAGGUAUAUGGCUCUUUGGGUAUUGCCGCAUCAACAUACGGCAUUGAGCCGGACUAUACCAUUUCCACCGUCGAAUGUUACACACGUGCGACAUUUAGUAUAAUAACCGGUAGCCGAUCACUGGAUAUUUUCAGUGCUCUACGAAGGCCAUCUUGCAUAGAGAGUACCUUGGCCAACCUUCCAUCAUGGGUUCCUGACUGGAGUUAUGACUUCUCUAGUGUUCCAGAUAAUGAAAAGGGACCUUCGGCUAUCAACAAUCCUAUCAUGAGGGAAAACGUUCGUACGCCGAUGAUGCUAGAAAUGGCGGAUUCGUUUCCUGAGUGGAAGGCGUCUGGAUCCAGCAUGCUCUUCACCGCAAGGCUUUCAAGCGAUAGCAAAACACUGACACUCAAAGGUAUGAUCCUGGAUGAGUUAAGUUGCGUUGGAGACAAGCUCGAAUAUCCUUGGCCAGGACCUGAAAUACAUUCUGGGAGUGUUGUAAAGGAGGCGAUUCACGAUUUCAAGAGAAACUGGAGGAUCCAUGGGUCUAUUGGAGCUGCCAUGCAUACUAUCAAAGGCUGGCAAGAUCUGGCCUUCGAAAAUAAAAAUCUUCAAACAAUGUCCGGAGAAACCCAAAUGGACGCUUUCCUCACAGCGUUGCUGAGCAACAGGAUUCGUCUCAGUGCUGAUCGACGAAAAGUCUUGGAUUAUCUCGAAAAGAGUAUAGGAACUAGCUUCAAGAUGAGCAGUAGUGGCACUAUUAUGAAUCAGCUUCAUCUCCCGCACGUGGCACCGAAACUCUAUCACAGACUACUAGGAUUCGGAAAGAUAUGCAGUAUCGAUGACAACGAAAUUCUUUCAUUUGGGAAGUCCUUCACUGACGUGCAACUGGCGUUUGACCAGAGAAUGGCAACGACAAGAUCGGGAUAUCUCUGCAUGCUUCCUUGGCCUGCGCGAGUUGGUGAUCGGAUUGCACUCCUUCGAGGCGGAAGGACACCGUAUGUGCUGCGAAAGGCGGGAGAGAAAUGGAAGAUUAUCGGGGACUGCUACGUUCAUGGCAUCAUGUCUGGCGAGGCAUGGAGUGAUGACAAGUGUGUUGAGAUUGAGAUUAUUUGA